AUGGAGAAGAAGUGGGAAGAGUUCGAAGAGCUACAAGAGGAAAUUGCAGAAAUGGACGAGAACGGCGAUGAUGAGGAGGAAAAUAACAGAGUGUUUGGGCGUUUUGAAAAUCUAUAUUUUGAGCUUCGAGCCGCGCUGCUGGCAAAGGUUGCCCCUUCCAUCCAUUCUACCUCGAAUUUAGAUAUUACAGUCGGACGGAAUAGUAGCUCUUAUGGGUUUCACACUGGAGUUCGUUUACCGCAAAUUUCAUUGCCGGAUUUCGAUGGAGAUUAUAGAGGAUGGCUGUCCUUUAAAUCCACUUAUGAAUCACUAAUUCACGAAUCGGCUGAACUUAAUGACGUACAAAAAUUUCAUUAUCUCAAGUCAGCAUUGAAGGGGGAGGCUGCGAAACUCAUAGAAUCAUUGACGAUCACGAACGGAAAUUACGCUAUAGCUUGGACCACCAUUACCAAGCGCUACUCCAAUGAAUACCUUCUCAAGAAGCGGCAUCUCCAAGCACUGAUGGAGUAUCCUAAGAUAGAGAAAGAGUCCGCGACCGCCAUUCAUGGCUUGAUGGACGAGUUCGAACAACGAUUAAAAAUACUUAAACAGCUAGGCGAAAAUACAGAGAGCUGGGGUGCGCUAAUCGUUCAUUGGAUGUGCUCGAAAUUAGAUGGGCAGUCAUUGCAACUUUGGGAAGAUCAUGCUGCUUCGGUUGAUGUUCCAACUUUCGAAGUUUUGAUGGCAUUUUUGGAAAAACGAACGCGGGUCUUGGAUGCUGUAUCAUCAAACGUGAUGGAAACCACAAAAUCUCUGCAAAAACCGAUCGUCAAACAAACAAGACUAGCAGUACACGCUGCCACGGGAAACGAACGGAACAUUACGGCUUGUCCCUUCUGUGGGGAGACUCAUUACAUGGCGAGAUGUGCAAAAUUUCUGAGUUUGAGUCUCAAGGAGAAACUGGAGUUCGUCAAUAGCAAACGAUUGUGCAGUAACUGCUUUCGAGCAGGACACUGGGUACGGGAGUGCAACUCAAAUUUCAGCUGCAGAACGUGUGGCAGAAAACAUCACUCUCUCAUUCACCCUGGUUUUCCGCCUAGCAACAGUGAAACAGCUAACAACACGACAGCAGGACAAUCUUCGAGGAGAGUGGAUACGCAAACAGCAUCAUCGAAUCUUGCGACAAGUGGUGCCGAAUCUGAACAACAUGAAACGGAGGAGGACGAACCCGUUGGAUCAUAUAGUAUCGGAACAAAAGGCGGUGCAUCCAAUGUAUUUUUAUCUACAGUUGUUUUGACACUGCGGAAUCAAAAUGGGGAGAAACAGCUAGCACGAGCACUUCUUGAUAACGGAUCCCAAGCAAAUAUUAUGAGUGAGCGACUGUGUCAGAUACUUAAGUUGAAACGGCGUUCCGUAAAUGUUCCAAUUUGUGGUGUGGGGCAGUCUGAAUCAAGGGCUAAGCAUGCGGUUAGAACCGUUAUUAGUUCCAGAGUGACAGAAUUCUCGGUGGAAGUGGAUUUUGUGGUUUUGCAACGGGUCACUUCUGAACUACCUUCAACUACCGUAUCGGUGUCACAUUGGAAGAUCCCUGACAACCUUCAAAUGGCGGAUCCCGGUUUUAAUACCAGCAGUAGGAUUGAUCUCCUAAUUGGGGCGGAGCAUUUUUAUCGAUUUCUAUAUGAGUGCGAAAUGAAUCGAAUUACCUUAGGGCCCGGAUUUCCCGUAUUGGUGGACACGGUAUUCGGCUGGAUUGUUUCGGGCAAGUGUGUUAAUUCCAAGAGCCAUCCAGUUAAUUGUUACUUGGCUACAUCAUCAGAGAAUCUGGAGGGAAUACUCGAGAGGUUUUGGAAGGUAGAAAACUCUGAAGAUCAACCUGCAUGGUCUAAAGAGGAGCAAGAUUGCGAAGCACACUUUAUCAACACACACGAGCGUUUGCCGGAUGGCAGGUACGUCGUCCGAUUGCCAAGGCAAUUGAAUUUCAACAGAAUGUUGGGGGAAUCCAAAACCAUGGCAUUAGAGCGUUAUUCAAAAUUGGAAAAACGACUAGAGCGAAAUUCGGAGAUGAAAACCCAAUAUCACGCAUUUAUAAGAGAGUAUAUAGACUUAGGACACAUGAGAAAGCUAUCGGAGGAGGAAGUGGAAACAACACCUAGAGGAAAAGCGUAUUACCUGCCGCAUCACGCCGUUGUGAAGGAGUCAAGCACUACAACAAAGGUACGUGUUGUGUUUGACGGAUCAGCGCACACAGAUAGCGGGUUUGCGUUGAACGACGUGCUACUGAAAGGGCCAACGAUUCAGGACGACCUGUUAAGUCUCCUUUUACGCUUUCGUAAGCAUGAGGUGGCCCUCGUCGGGGAUAUUGAAAAGAUGUACAGGCAAGUACGUUUACACCAUGAUGAUACUUCUUUGCAGCGAAUUUUAUGGAGGUUUUCCGAGCAUGAGCCCAUCGGUGUAUAUGAGCUGCUUACGGUUACCUACGGACUAACACCAUCGUCCUUUCUGGCAAUCAGAACGCUGCAUCAACUUGCUGCUGACGAGAGUCUUAACCAUCCACGCGCAAGCUCUGUACUUGUUCAAGAUUUCUACGUGGACGAUUAUAUUGGUGGAGCUUCAACCGUCCAAGCAGCAAUCCAGCUACGGAAGGAGCUUGCUGAUCUUACGUCCAGAGGAGGUUUUCCAUUGCGGAAAUGGUGCUCCAAUCGCCCUGAGGUCUUAGCUGAUAUACCUGCAAACCAACUAUCUACAACAAAUCUAUCUAUUUCUUUCGAGCUCACUCCAGGCGAGGAAGUAAAGGCUUUGGGAAUUACUUGGGAUCCAAAGACGGAUCAUCUGCUAUUCGCUUUCGACAUUGAUGAGAAUUGCGAAAACUGGACUAGGAGGCGUAUUCUUUCUGCCAUAGCAAAACUUUUCGACCCGCUUGGAUUAAUUUCGCCGGUGGUGGUUGUAGCAAAAAUUAUGAUGCAAGAACUUGCUCUGUUACAAUCUGCUUGGGACGCUCCUGUGCCGUCACUGCUGAAAAAAAAAUGGACACAAUUCUAUGACCAGUUAAGCAGACUUUCGGAGCUACGAAUCAACAGGUUUGCUUUCAUUCCAGAUUGGGUCAGCAUUCAACUACACUGCUUUGCCGAUGCCUCUGAAUUAGCGUAUGGAGCCUGCUUAUAUGUACGUGCAGUUGAUUCAGCAGGAAAUGUGCGCAUCGAGUUAUUAUCUUCCAAGUCCCGUGUCGCUCCACUGAAAAGAUUAACACUCCCACGAUUAGAACUCUGUGCUGCAAAGGAAGCUGCUUGCCUGCAUGCGAAGGUAGUAAAGGCACUUGAUUUAACUGGCUGUAGGUGUACCUUUUGGUCUGACUCCACCAUUGUGCUACAUUGGUUAAAUGCUCUUCCAAACACUUGGAAAACUUUCGUGGCAAACCGUGUUUCAACUAUUCAAACUCUUAGCCAUGGUCAUUGUUGGCAGCACAUCGCUGGUAAGGAAAACCCAGCCGAUCUAGUUUCGCGCGGAAUGUCAGUUGAUGAAUUCCUCAGCAGCGGGUUGUGGAAAAGUGGGCCACCCUGGUUGCUUUCUUCUGAGGAAUUGUGCACUUCUCUUACCCAGAAUGUGAAUUACACAGAUGAAGAAUUGGAAACUCGAAGGCUGGUGUAUACCGUCGUUGCAAAACCGGAACCCAAUUCUCUGUUUGCGCUACGAUCUUCAUUGGAGCCCCUUUUGCGUAUCGUGGCAUAUUGUAUUCGAUUUUCCCGUAAUUGUCGCACGUCAGUUGAACGCAAUCGAACCCCAUUUCUAACAGUCGAAGAGUUUUCAACCGCAAAGCUGGCGUUGGUUAAAUUGGUUCAAGCCGAAUGUUUCGGGGACGAACUCAAAAAUUUGCGCAAGCAUCGAUAUGUCAACAAAAGUUCUACGCUUAAACUGCUUCGUCCUUACCUGGAUAAACAAGGCAUCAUCAGGGUUGGUGGUCGUCUACGUCAUUCAAGUCAGGAAUAUACUAGCAAACAUCCAGCGAUUCUACCGAGUGUACACCCAUUCACCCGAAUGCUGGUUGACUAUUAUCAUCGUCAAACAGUUCACGGAGGACGUCAACUAACUUUGGCAACGAUGAGACAGGAGUUUUGGCCCAUACAUGGCAAAAGAGUGGUUAACGCAGUAUUACGAAAAUGUUAUCGUUGUUUUCGCUGUAACCCAGUGCCCGUUCAACAACCCACAGGCCAACUGCCAGCCCCACGUGUGCGGCCGAGUAGGCCAUUCUCGAUUGUAGGUGUGGAUUACUGCGGUCCUUUUUACUUAAAACCGCCAUAUCGGCGUGCAGCCGCACCCAAGGCAUAUAUCGCGGUCUUCGUUUGUUUUGCAACAAAAGCGAUGCAUCUGGAAGUCGUCAGCGACUUAUCGACUGUCGGAUUUUUGUCUGCCUUUCACCGCUUCAUUGGGCAUCAUGGAGUCCCAAGUGAAAUUCACUCAGACAAUGCGAAAAAUUUUGCAGGCGCCAAACACGAACUUAACGAACUCUACCGCAUCCUGAAUGAUGAGACAAGCCAAAGAUACAUCGGAACCGAAUUCUCACAACAAGGAAUCUCGUGGCAAUUUAUUCCACCCAGAGCUCCUAAUUUCGGCGGAUUAUGGGAGGCAGCUGUUCGCUCCGUUAAAACUUCGCUAAAACGGGAAAUUGGUACGCGUCAACUGUCACUAGAAGAUUUCUCCACGCUUCUGGUCCAAAUAGCUGCUGCCUUAAACUCAAGGCCACUCGCUCCACUGUCUGAUGAUCCCUCAGACUUUGAUGCUCUCACGCCGGCCCAUUUUUUGAUCGGCACACCUAUGAAGGCUCUACCAGAACUCGAUCUUCGAAGCAUCCCCACAAACCGCCUGACCCACUACCAGCAACGACAGCAAAUGUUUCAACAGUAUUGGCAGCGAUGGAGCAGAGACUACCUCACCGAACUUCAAACAGUCAGCAAAAAUCUUCAGCCAACCUUAAUUCGUGUUGGUAGCAUCGUAGUACUACGAGAGGAUAAUCAACCACCUUUAUGUUGGCCCUUGGCAAGGAUCAUCGAGGUCCAUCCCAGCACGGAAGGCGUAGUAAGAGUGGUAACCCUAAAAACCAUCAACGGAGUGUAUAAGCGACCAGUAUGCAGAAUUUGCCCUUUACCGUCCCAUCAGGAAGCCGACAAUCAAAAGGAAUAUGCAGCAGAGAAGUAA